CGCAGCGGCACAUGCAACUUGCAAGCGAGGAAGACGGCUUGAAUGAUGAAACGGAGAGAAAUGGAGGAUGCACUUCUCCCGCACGUCCCAACCCAGCAAUUGAAUCUUAAAUUUGAACACAGCUAAGAUUAUAGGGCGCUCCCAUUGUAAAGGAUAGAGAUCUGCUCACAUCAACACCCUGUUGUGGGUACUGACCGCGACAUCUACAGCAUUAUGUUUGGGGUGCCACUGCUAGCUGUACGUUGCUGUACUCUCCGAAGGCGUUUUCACAAGGGGCGCCUCCGGAAGCUACGAAAUACAGGAAUCUGAGCCAACAGGCCGCCCCAUAGGUAUCCCCACUAUCUCAUAAUGCAGAUAGGGUGAGAGCAGGCAAGGAAUUUGACAAUGAGCGCGCUCCUGCAAUCUUUGCAACAAGCUUCAAUUUCAGGCUAUUUCUGUCCUGGUCUCAAUGGUCACAGCUUUUCUGCAAAUGGACCGUCAACAAGGUCAUGGACGUCACUGCGCCAGCCUUCCAAGCUUCACGUACAAUAUGAGCAGGCGCAGCAGACGGUGCUCUGCAAGCGAGCUGGUCAAAUCAGAACUAGUGACGCGUUGUCUAAGACUGGGACCAUGAUGGCAACCAAGAGCGGCCAAUUACGGAACUGGUGGUGGGACCCGGAUCUAGAGAGGCAGACCCAGAAUGCUUGGAGGAAGGGGCGCAAUGCACGAAACAGAGCGGUGCUGCGCCGAGUCAAGGACGAUGCAGAGUUGGACAGGCCUUCGGACCGGCACAGCCGUCCGCACGACCACACUAAGUAUGAAGAGCUGCCCUCGGGGCACUUGCCGGGACCGUCCGGCUACCAAGGAGGAAUCUUGUCCGACAUGUCGGUAGAGGACACGGGAACUGGGAAGGGCUCGGAUCUUAGGAGAAGUGCCAAAGGCUUCGGGGUGCAUGGGGUGGGGAGCUUCAGAGGCUCCCGAAAGUUUGAGGACUCGCCGGAGAUGCGCGCAGUCAUGUACGGGUCGACUGCGCACCCAAACCAUGGCAGGGACGAUAGCUUGUUUGGCCAGUUCGAGGAGAAGGCCAUCAGGGGGCUGCAUGGGGGUGAAGUACGGAGGCCCCGGGGUCCAACUGUUGCAGAGGUUGAGGCCGACCGGCUUCCGUGGGGCAUCCUCCAUCCCGAGAGCGACGGCUACCUCUGGUUCUGGAACGCCACCAUUGCGCUGGCGGUCGUGACGGCGUUUGUGGUGCCGUUUAACAUCGCGUACUUGCAGGCGCAGAACCUAGGAACCGGGACCAACCUGUUUCUCUACGCGAUUGAUCUAGUGUUUCUCGCAGACAUUGCCGUCAACUUCCGCCUGGCGACCUUCCGCGCGGGCGAGUGGGUGACGGACGCGCGCACCAUCGCGUGGCAGUACGCCCGCGGUGAGCUCAUCUAUGACGUCAUUGCCGCGGUGCCGUGGGACCUGGUGUUGGCCGUCGUGACGCAAGCGAAGGGCCACUUUGUGAUGAGCCUCACGCUGCUGGGGCUCGUGCGGGUGCUGCGGCUCAAGCGCCUGUGGAGCUUCUUUUGGCUGGUGGGCGUGGACAUGCGGUUCGACUACUUCUGGACGUCCGUCACCAAGUUCACGCUGCUCAUCCUCUUCUCCGCGCACUGGGCCGGCUGCAUCUACUUCCUGCUCGCGCGCCUCCGCGACUUCGGGCCCGGCACGUGGGUGGCUGCGGACCAACCGGACCUGCCCAGCAAGUCGGCCUUUGACUGCUACGUCACAUCUAUCUACUGGGCCAUGACGACCCUUAGCACGACAGGUUACGGCGACUUCACGGCCGUCGACAUCCCGGAGCGCAUCUGGACGGCUUUCUUCAUGGUCUUCAACCUGGGGCUUACGGCAUACGUACUCGGCAACAUGACGGUGCUGCUGACAAAGGCAGAUGCGCUUACUGCGACCUACCGCGACCGCCUUUCCACCAUGACGGAGUACAUGAAGGCGCACCACGUGCCCGGCGCGCUCCAGCGGCAGAGCCAGGCUCACCUGAAGCUGCACUUCGACACGGCGCGCGUGCGCGACGAGGUGCUGCGGCACGUGCCGGCCAGCAUCCGCAUGCGCAUCCUUAAGCACAACUACAGCGCCUACCUCACCGAGCCGUACCUCUUCAUGGGCACCUCCAACCUCUUCAAGGACCAGCUGACGACGCACAUGCACGUCGAGUUCUUCCUUCCCGGCAUGAACGUCAUCACGCUGCAUGACCCCAACUCGGAGCUCUACAUCAUCUGCUCCGGCACCUGCGAGGUUAUUUUGAAGGACGAGAGUGGCGAGGAGGAGGUCUGGUACGAGUACGUUGAGGGCGAGGUUUUCGGAGAGUUCUCCUUCAUCACGAGCUCGUCCCAGCCCUGGACGAUACGAACCGCCAGCGUGUGCCGCCUGCUCAUCAUCGAACGCGACGACUUUGAGGAGAUUGCCAAGAACCACCCGGUCGACCUGCGCAAGGUGCAGCUCAACCUACUAGAAAAGACCCGCCUCCUAGCUGCAACGGUGAACGAAAAAGAGGCCCGACGAGGCCUCGUGGAGCUGGCCGUCCUCGUCAAGCAGGAAGUCGAGACGUUCAUCUCGAAGCAGGAGCAGGAGACAAUCACCAGCCUGUGCUACGCGGCCAAGCGGGGGGACCUGCUAGAGAUCCACAAGCUGCUCGCGUCGGGGAUCGACCCCAGCUGCGCUGACUACGACGGGCGGACGCCCCUCCACGUGGCGGCCGCCAGCGGGCAGGACAAGGUGGUGCUGUAUCUUUUGCAGAAAAAGGCGGACCCUAAUGCCAAGGAUCUGCACGGCAAGACGCCCCUCAGCGAGGCGGUCCAGAACGGCCACCUGUCAACGGCGGAGGUGCUGCGCGAGUUCAAAGCGGAGCUGCUGCUGCGGAACGAGGCGAACCACCUGUGCCGGCUGGCCCACGCGGGGCUGGUGACGGAGCUCACGACCAUGCUGCUCUUCGGGGCGGACCCAAACGCUGCGGACUACGACGGACGCACGGCUUUCCACAUUGCGGCCGCGGAGGGCCGCGUCGGCGUCGUGCGCGCGCUGCUCGCCGCCCAUGCUGACGUCAACUGCCGGGACCGGUGGAACCAGACCCCCCUGGACGAGGCGCUGCGGGCGCAGCACCAGGCGGUGGCGGAACUGCUGCAGGAGAAGGGGGGGGAGCGGGGGGGAGGGGUGCCACAAGGUGACGUCAUCGGGACUUCGUCGGGGAGAACGACACGUGGGCCUCCAUCAUUAUAAGUUACAGAUAGUUGAUAACAUGUGCGCUAGUCUUAAUGCUUAUUGAAUCUUGGGCGCGUUACUCGAGCCCAAUGAUCGUUGCUUAUCACAGUUGUCAUGUACAGUUUCGAGGGAAAAUACAAAGAUAGACCAAAUGCAGAACCGUUGGUCGUUUCUAUUCAAUGUUGGUAGCAUUGGCUGGGUACAGCGGCCCGAAUGCAUACUGAUUUCUUGCCCUUGUGAGUAAUGAGCAGGACCUUGGUCUACUCUCAUAUAUAAGGAGAGACAAGACAGUCACAAUGAGUCUCCCAAGGACUGGAUCUUCGUUUGUAGACACUGACACCAGAAUUUUCUUGGUUUCCAAGUUACACAAGUUUCUG